GUCUGAUUGCAAAAUCGCAAAUAGUUCAAGGCUUAUUUGCAUGUUUUCUCUUCUUGUUAUUGUGAUGACAUUUGAUAGGAUUGAUAGGAUUGUAAUAGUUUUAGCUUUUUGAAUAUCUUGUAUAGUUGUAUGCUUUCUUGAAUGAGUGAACCCAUGGAUGAUGGAUAUUGUUUCACCUAAGGAUGGACUCGGGCCGGGCCAACCGGCCCGGAACCGGACCGGCCCGCUACUGUGCGGGCUCGGACCGGCCCGGUGAACCGGUUCGGUUCCGGUUCGGGCCUCCCGGCCCGGUGGUAUACCGGUCCGGGCCCGGGCCUCCAGUUUAGUGAACCGGCCCGGCCGGGCCGGGCCCGGUUCGGGCCGGAAUUUAAUUUUUUUUUUUUUUUUUUGAAAUUUUUUUAAGUUUUGGGUUGGAUUAGGUAUUUUGGGCCAUUUGGGGUGGUUUGGGGUGGAGGUGGAGGGGUAGGGGGUUAAAUAAGAGAAGAAGAAGAAGAAAAAAAAAAACAUUCCGGGUGGCCCGGCCCGGUUCUGGCCCGGAACCGGAACCGGAACCGCCCACCACCGGUUCGGGCUCGGGCCUCCUUUUUCUGAACCGAGGCCCGGCCGGGCCCAGGCCCGAACCGGGCCCGAACCGGAACCGGUCCACCCCUUACUUUCACCACUUUUCAAAUUUCAACGCCAAAUACUUUGACUAUUAAAUUGAUUUGAAAUUUAAAAAACCGAUCUUUUAAGUUAAAAAACCAAUCUUUUACGUAGGAUUUGGUAUCAAAACCAUUAUAUCAAGAAUGAAAGAAAGUUCAUUAUCAAUCUUUCCGAAAUAUUUUCGAAUAUAGUAAAGGUACAAAUAGAGGUUAAAGACUGAAGUCAGUUUAUUUAAAGACUGAAUAUACGUCAUUAUCAAAAAUUCAAAACCAAUCUUUUCGAAAAGACUGAAUAUUUUCGAAUAUUUAAAGAGUGCACAUUGUCAAUGAAAGAGUAUUGCAUAUUCUGGUUGCUGGUUAUACGGAGGCUCUGGCUGGGUUACUACGAAGCUAAGUCUUCUUUUUUCCAGUUCCUUUAAAUUAAUUGGCAUAUCCCCUUCCCUCUUUGUGACUCUGCGAAUCUUCAUACCCUGCUCCUUCCAUUUCAGAUUGCUUUGUGUGAGUGAACUUGUUUGUUUUGAAUUACUAAUUUGAAGCUCUUGGUUCAAACAUACUGCUUUCUGAGUUGUUCUGUAUACGUGUGACCUGUGAUUCUGGGUUCUGAAUAGUAGCUUUUGUGGAGUAUUGUGUGUAUCUAUCUUGUACUGCUUUCUCCUGCUGCUUCAUUCUGUGGAGUAAGUCUGGGUGAAAUAUUCCUUGUCUGGUCCAGCUUGGGUCAGUGUGGUCACCUUUGGGGCCUGGUUGUUUGUUUUUGUGCUGACUAACAUGCAGGCUGCUGUAAACUCCAAAUGACAAGGAAGAAUAAGCAACAUCGUACCCCUCCGGCAAAAGAUAAAUUGUUUGAGGACAAAAUUAAGUACUUGAAUGACAAGAAGGCUGCAAAACUUGCAAUCCAGUCUGAGAGGAUGAUCAACAAGGGUGUUUUCAAGGAGGUCCUACCUGCUGAUUGCCCUGUUUUCUCUUCUAACUCCACUGAAGCUUCACACGCCCUGGAAAUACAGGCCACUGCUGUGCCAACCAAUGUGGAGGCAGGUCUGAUCUCCAAUGCUAUGGAGACAACCACUCUCCAUAAUGUGGUUCCUGACAAAGAAUCUGGUCGCCCCCUUUCAGCCUGUACACAAACUGAUAAGGGUGAUACUCCUUCCCAUGAGUUAACACCUGCCCCCCUUCCGGACAUGGCUAACAAACCUACUGCUUCUCAAGGCUCUGAGGUAGUUGGGUCGUAUGCUGCUGCACUACUUGGCAUGGGAUCUGCUUCCUCAAACCUUGUCACACAAACUGAGUUAUCUCUUGCUAUCUUACCGGGGAAGGAACCUAUCAUUGAAUCUUUGGAUCAAACUGAUGUAGACAGCCAGUCUGAGCCUGAAAUAUCAAUUUCGCUGGGGUCUCAGGACACACUACCUCUGAAGACUGUGGAGGAAAAUAUUGUCCCUGAAAAUGCUCCCAAGAAGUGGACCUCCCUAUUCCGAGACAAUAGAGCCCCAACCAGCGGGCUCAAACUUGAGUACUUCCCCCCCACGGGGGAAAAACUUGACUUUUCACACCUCAAAGUUCCUACUUUGAUUGAAGUUUGGGGCUACUGCUUAGUCGGCCAUUUCUCUGGCAGAUUCCCAGGUUUGAAGGCCAUUCAUGAGAUGAUUGCAAACUGGUCUGUAGAUGUGGAAGUCAAAUCUCACAGCAAGGGUUGGGUCAUCUUUAAAUUCAAAUCUGAUGAAGACCGGAUGCAUGUGCUGGCCGAGGGGCCCUAUAUCUUGUAUGGUAAAACUAUGUUCCUUAAAGUGUUAUCUGAGGACUUUUCAACGGACGGAGAUGAGUUUCUUAAGGUGCCCAUUUGGGUAAAAUUCCCUAACUUAUCCAUGCGGCUUUGGAAGGCAAGGGAGCUGGGAAUGAUCGCGUCUCAAGUGGGUGUGCCUAUCACCACUGAUAAGGUCACACAGGAUACGGUCUACACCCAUUUCGCUAGAGUGCUCAUUGAAGUGGACAUUUCUAAGGCUCCUAUCACCCAAUUUCCUAUUGUCCCCCCAUCGGGAAAGGAAUAUUUGCAACGUGUGACCUAUGAGACCUUCCCGGACUUCUGUUAUCAUUGUAAAAGGCCAAGGAAAAUGUUGACUAUUGGAACUCCCGGAGACUGGUCUGCAUGAAAGAGCAGGCUGCCGGUUCCAUUCCAUUCGUUGAAACCCGUGGAGAAAAAGAAAUUAAUGGGGGCAAGGGCUAUUUGGUGACAAAUAUGUAUGAAAUGGGGUUCGACGAUGUCAUCACAACAUUUGAGGUGAAUGAUAAGGGCAAAACAGUUGCCUAUGCUUGGGAAACGGAUCAUAUACCGAAGGGAGUCACCGUUGUCAGACUGGGACCUAAUCUGGAUGAGCCUAGUGCCGAUGACAAUGUUGUAAACUUCACCGAAGACUUCCUACUCAGCUGCCCGGAGGUUAAAAAGAAGGAUGAUUGGUAUGAAUUUGAUAAAUCUAAAUUUAUUACUCGCGUAUUAUCUUUCUUUGACCCUAACCUGGACAGGAAUAAGAAAUAUUUAAAAGAAAUGAGGAGAAGGGCAAGAAAAGAAAAGAAGGACAAAGGAGGAAUUGACCCGGAUGAUUUCAACCCGGAUUUCUACCUUUCUUGAUACCUUACGGGUUUAUUUGAGGACCAGCACACCUUCUCUCCCUAUAUUUCUCUCUCUAGAACUACAUUGACUAGGAGUUGGUUUGGGAGAAAGGCCAGCCGGAAAUGGGGCAGCAGUCAUUGAUCUACAGCUUCGUGGCAGGAGGCACGGUGAUCCACUCUGAGUACAGAGUUCAACGGCAAUUUCACCAGCAUAGCUUCGGAAUGCCUCCAGAAACUUCAUGUACCAACAACAAGUUUACUUACAACUGUGAUGGCCACACAUUUAACUACCUCGUCAAUGAUGGCUUCACAUAUUGUGUUGUUGCGGUAGAAGCUGUUGGCAGACAGAUUCCCAUUGCAUUUCUUGAGAGCAUAAAGGAAGAGUUUACCAAGAAAUAUGGAGUAGGUAAAGCCACUACAGCUGUUUCAGGUAGCUUGAAUAGAGAGUUUGGGCCCAAGAUGAAGGAGCAGAUGCAGUACUGUGUGGAUCAUCUAGAAGAGAUCAGUAAGCUAGCAAAGGUGAAAGCUCAGGUUUCAGAAGUCAAAGGAGUGAUGAUGGAAAACAUUGAAAAUGUUCUUGACUGUGGUGAGAAGAUUGAGAUUUUAGUAGACAAAAGUGAGAACCUUCGCUCACAGGCACAGGAAUUCAGAACAAAUGGAACUCAGGUGAGGAAGAUGUGGUUACAGAACAUGAAGAUAAAGUUCAUUGUCCUGAGGAGUAUCAUCGCCUUGAUUCUGAUUAUUGUAUUGUCAGUUUGUGGGGGUUUCAAAUGUUAAUUUUGUUUCAUUAGGAUGACACUAACCGGAAAUCAGAAGUCUUAUGUGUUUAAGAUAUACCAUUCCAUUUUAUUUGCUUCUGCACGCCUGCACAUUUCACUUUGUAGUCUAUAUAUAACAUGUGACACGUACAUUCCCUUGUAUAGUGUGUUCACCGGAUUUAUUAUGAUUACUAUUAUUUAAAAAAAAACUUCUGUUCUUUUAGCAGAAUUAGUGGGAUUAUGUUCUCAAAAUUUCUCCUAGAUUGAAUCUUGGAAGUUGCAUGUAUUGAGUAUUUGCAAAUUCAGUUUAUUCUCACAGAAAAGACACUGAAAGAAAAAUGACGUAGGCAUGUGAAAACUUUGACUCUGUCAUUUCAAAGCAAAAUGGCACAGAAUUUCUACAACCUUUGUGUACUAUUAUAUACUCCC